AUGUCAGUGAGGGGGUACGAAGUCCCUGCUGACCUACAGAAGGUUGCCUCUGACCCCGACCCGAGUUUCUAUAGAAUGGUGGAGUAUUACUAUCACUAUGCCGUGUCGGUGUGCGAACCCGCGCUUGUAGAAUACUUAAAGAAACACACCCAUAUGUCUGACAAGAAGCGGCAGCAGAGGGUGUCCGGAAUUUUGAAGGUGAUGGGAUCCUGCAACAGUUCUCUCCAGUUCGAAUAUCCUCUACAGCGUAAGAAUGGCGAAUAUCAGAUAAUCGAGGCCUACCGCUCGCAACACAGCGUUCACAGGCUGCCUUGUAAAGGGGGCAUCAGAUUCUCGACCGCGGUGGACCUUAGCGAGGUGAAAGCUCUGGCUGCGCUAAUGACGUACAAGAAUGCCUGUUCCAACAUCCCCUUCGGAGGGUCCAAAGGAGGCAUAUGCAUCGAUCCGAAGAAUUUCUCAGUGGCUGAGCUGCAGCGGAUCACACGACGAUACACUUUGGAACUUGCCAAGAAGAACUAUAUAGGAGCGGGCAUAGAUGUACCAGCGCCCGACGUGAACACUUCUGGUCGCGAGAUGUCUUGGAUUGUGGAUACCUACAUCAAGACUUUAGGAUACAAUGACCUGAAUGCUGCGGCGUGCGUGACGGGCAAGCCGAUCAACGGCGGCGGCAUCCACGGCCGCGUGCCGGCCACCGGCCGCGGCGUCUUCAUGACCAUCAGCGUGUUCAUACACGAUGAAUACUUCAUGAAACUUAUUUCACUGGAGCCUGGAUUUAAGAAUAAGACGGCUGUGGUGGAAGGAUUCGGCAACGUGGGCAGCUACGCAGCCGUGUACCUGCAGCAGGAGGGCGUCAAGAUCAUCGGCGUCCUGGAGUACGACUGCACCCUGUGCAACAACGACGGCAUCGACAUCAAGGGUUUGCAGAAAUACAAACACGAUAACAAAGGCAGCGCCAAGGGUUUCCCUGGCGCUAAAGAGUGUAACAAGGAUAUCAUACUCUCGAAAUAUGACAUCUUAGUCGUCGCCGCUAUGGAGAAGACCUUGACUGCCGACAUCGCCAAAAGUCUCCAAUGCAAGAUAGUGGCGGAAGGCGCCAACGGGCCGACUGUGCCCGCGGCCGACAAGGUGCUGCAAGGCAAGAACAUCCUGGUGUUGCCCGACCUGCUGGCCAACGCGGGCGGCGUCACCGUCUCCUACUUCGAGUUCCUAAAGAACCUCAACCACGUUAGCUUCGGGAAGCUCAGCAUCAAGUUCUGGAGAGAUUCCAAUACAGCUCUUCUAGACUCUGUAGAGAAGUCGCUGAAGGCAUCGAAAAUUGACGCUCGCAUCGCUCCAACCCCCAUGUUCCAGUCGAUGAUGUCUGGAGCCAGUGAGAAGCACAUCGUCAACUCUGGCUUGGAGUACUCCAUGACGAAAGCUUGUCAUAACGUGAUGCGUGCAUGCAAAGAGCACAAGCUUGGGGUCGACCUGCGGACGUCGGCAUACAUCACCGCCAUAGAGAAGAUAUUCACCACGUACGACGAACAGGGCCUGGCGUUCUAAAUACCCUGGUAGCUUAUUUAUUAACUUCCUUAAGG